AAGUCCUCCCUUUCCAGAACUCAAACGAAUCCACUGCGUCCUGACCCGAAAGGGGUCUCGUUCAAAAAAAUAAAAUAAACAAAAAUAAAUCUCUCGAUGUCUUUAACUUUCUCAUACUUUUCUAUAAAAAGAAGAGGCAGUUCCUAGCACCGCCAUCCGUUCUGAUCCCUUCCACUUUGGAUUGCGGAGACCAGAAUGGACAACUAGGUCAAGAUGUUAGAGAAUGGAGUUUGCAAUGGGGAAAAGCGUUCUUUGUUGAAUCCUUCAGCUAUGUUGGAAGAUACUCAUCCGGUCGAUAUGGAUCUGGGGCUACCUGCCAUAUUGACUUGGCAAAGAAAGCUAGACGACGAGGAGCGUAGUUUCUCUGAGUUUUCCAUGACUAUGAAAGAGAUGUUAUACAUGGGUCCCUUUAUUUUCCAAUUGUGCCUUAACUAUCUUAGAGAAUCUGCAAGAGGACGGGCUGCAACAUUUAACCCCUUCAAGAAACUCUUAGCUGUGUCUUCUCAUGGCGUUCCCUUAGGUGGCAUUGGUGCAGGAAGUAUAGGAAGAAGCUACAAAGGUUAUUUUCAACAUUGGCAAUUGUUCCCUGAAAUAUGUGACGAGAGCCCUGUCUUAGCAAAUCAGUUUUCAGUUUUUGUUUCACGCCCUGAUGGCAAGAAGUAUUCUACUGUCUUGUCACCCAGAAGCCCAGAUAUUCCUAAAGGAAGUACCCAUCCUGGAAUUGAAUCAUGGGACUGGAAUCUGAAUGGAAAAAGUUCAUCAUAUCAUGCUUUGUAUCCAAGAUCAUGGACAGUGUAUGAUGGUGAACCUGACCCAGAAAUCAAAAUUACAUGCCGCCAGAUUUCACCUUUUAUUCCCCACAAUUAUCAGCAGAGCAGCCUCCCAGUUGCAGUGUUUACAUUCACAUUAGCUAAUUCUGGAAAGACUGCUGCAGAUGUAACUCUGCUUUUUACAUGGGCUAAUUCCGCAGGUGGGAACUCUGGAUUUACUGGGAAUCAUGCCAAUUCUAAAAUGAGAGAACGAGAUGGUGUCCGUGGCGUACUUCUACAUCACAGAACCACAAAUGGUCAAUCUCCUGUUACUUUUGCAAUAGCAGCUCAAGAGACGGAGGAUGUUCAUGUUUCAGAAUGUCCUUACUUCUCGAUAUCUGGAAACUCCGAGCCAUUCACAGCAAGGGACAUGUGGGAUGAAAUAAAGAAGAAUGGAUCCUUCGAUCACCUUGAUAUAAGAGAAAAUUCAUUGCCUUCGAAGGAAGGAUCAUCUGUUGGAGCAGCAGUUGCAGCUUCAGUGACAAUACCAUCUCAGUCUGUCCGUACAGUCACAUUCUCUCUUGCAUGGGCUUGCCCUAGGGUAAAGUUUCCAAGCAGAAAGACUUACCACAGGAGGUAUACCAAAUUCUAUGGCAUUGGUGGCGAAGCGGCGGCAAAUCUUGUGCAUGACGCUAUUUCUGAGCAUAGCCAUUGGGAAUCCCAAAUUGAAGACUGGCAACGGCCGAUUUUGCAGGAUAAGAAACUUCCACCGUGGUACCCUGUGACUCUUUUCAAUCAGCUUUACUAUCUUAAUGCUGGGGGAACAAUUUGGACAGAUGGGCUGCCUCCAAUUAACAGCUUAGCACCAUUAAGGGAAAAGAGGUUCUCCAUCGAUAUGUUUACUGCUGUUACUCAAGUAGAGAAUACCUCCUCAAAUAUCUUAAACAAAAUGUCAUCCACAAUUGCUAAUAUGUUGUCUCCUAUUGCAUCAAAUUCUGUUUUUGGUACGUCAUUGCUCCAUGAGGGAGAAGAAAAUAUUGGUCAGUUGCUCUAUGUUGAAGGUCUUGAAUAUCGAAUGUGGAACACUUGCGAUGUCCAUUUCUACUCGUCUUUUGCUCUAAUCAUGCUAUUUCCCAAACUUGAACUUAGUAUCCAAAGAGACUUUGCUGCAGCAGUAAUGAUGAAUGAUCCCGAGAAAAUGCAGAUUGUGUUUGGCCGCGAGUGGGUACCAAGGAAAGUUCUUGGUGCAGUUCCUCAUGAUGUUGGCCAAAAUGACCCGUGGUUUGAAGUAAACUCAUAUAAUCUUCAUGAUUCAAAUAGGUGGAAAGAUUUGAACCCGAAGUUUGUACUCCAAGUUUAUAGAGACGCGGUUGCCACAGGUGACAAGAAUUUUGCAAGAGCAGUUUGGCCUUCUGUGUAUGUAGCAAUGGCCUAUAUGGAUCAGUUUGACAAGGACAGAGAUGGAAUGAUAGAAAAUGAAGGUUUCCCUGAUCAAACUUAUGAUGUAUGGUCAGUUAAAGGUGUGAGUGCGUACACUGGUGGGAUUUGGGUCGCUGCUCUGCAGGCUGCUUCUGCAUUGGCACGUAUAGUUGGUGAUAGAGAUUCUGAAGAAUAUUUUUGGAAUAGGUAUCAGAAAGCAAAAAAUGUUUAUGAGAAAUUGUGGAAUGGUUCUUACUUCAAUUAUGAUAACAGUGGAGGCAGUACAAGCUCAUAUAUACAGGCUGACCAGAUGGCUGGACAAUGGUAUGCUAAAGCAUGUGGUCUCCUUCCAAUUGUUGAUGAGGAGAAAGCACGUAGUGCACUUGAAAAGGUUUAUUCCUACAAUGUCCUAAAAUACAAAGAUGGGAAGCGUGGAGCAGUAAACGGGAUGAAACCAGAUGGUACUCUGGAUUUAUCAAUAAUGCAAGCAUCUGAAGUGUGGUCUGGCUCGACAUUUGCUGUUGCAGCUGCUAUGAUUCAAGAGGGCAUGGUAGAGACAGGAUUUAAAACCGCACAAGGGGUUUAUGAAGCUGCUUGGUCUCCAGAAGGAAUAGGGUACUCUUUUCAGACACCUGAAGCAUGGAAUCCAAGGGAUGAGUACAGGUCUCUGAACUAUAUGCGUCCUCUGUCUAUAUGGGCUAUGCAAUGGGCAUUAUCACCGCCGAAGCUACACAAGGAAGAACCAAGGACCGCCGAUAUAGAGGAGAAGGAUACGCCAUUAGAAAACAUUGAGUUCUCUAAAAUAGCAGAGCUAUUGACAUUGCCAGGAGAAAAGACUGCUAGAAGUGCCCUUGGAGUCCUCUAUGAAAUUAUCUGUCAGAAGCUAAGAGGGUGACAUGGAGCUAGCUCAGUGAAAUACAAAAUUCAUUUGUUUACAUUGUUAACCUCAUGAGUUCUCGCUGAGAAAUUAAGACAUGUACACAUAUAUACAUAAUUUACAAGGACAGAUCUGAAGGCACGAAUUAUACCAAACGGCAAUUUAUUCCUCUAUAAUAAUAGGAGGAUAUAAGAUUUACUAUUCAUGCUACAGUAAAUGCUGCAGCGUAGAGGAGAUCCAAGAUUCACUAUUCAUGCUAAAAAAAUCAUUGUAUCAUUAUUAUUGUGCUAAUCAUUAUUGCUGUAGCACAUGCGAGAA